AUGACGACAGGCUCUCCCCAACGCCAUACAAAACGAACCCUCCAUCGCCGCACGCCCUCUAGCCUCGACAUUGUCCACGAAGAGCUGCCCGUCAUGGCCUCGCAGCACACGGGCGAUGUGCCCAAAUCGCACUCAGAGCCAUCACUGGCAGUACCUGGCCUCUCUGCUCAGCCACUACCAGGCGACUCUACACAAGCUGGCUCUACACUCCUCGAUGACCCCGUCACAUCCUCGACCUACCCAACACCGUCCACACCCGGCCUCUCGCGCUCCGCUUCCUUCUCCAACAGCUCCCUCCACGAUGAAUCCGACUUUGAAGAUGCCUCCUUCUUCCCACCGGUGGAGAAGCUGACCAUGUUUGAUUUUGUCGAGAAUCUGGCCCUGUCACAGCGCAUCGAGAAGAUCCAGAGCUCCAUCGCUUCGCAGACCGAGAGGCUCAAGACCCAGGCCAGGAAUCGCGGCAUCACGCGCGAUCGCGUGGUGGAGGAAUGGCGUCGUCGUGUCCCUACCGAAGGCGAACAGCUCGAAAAGUACAAGAAGCGCAUGCGACACUCGGUCGACCGGUUCAACAGACGAUGGAACGAGUCUCUCACAGUAACAGUCCGGGAGAAGGCUUCCUUUAUUGCUGCGACCAUGAACAUCUUCGUCUCUGGAUACCUGGUCGGCUCACAUCCAGACCUGUUCCCACACUGGUACACUGCCCAGCUACUCUACUUCAUGCCCCUUCGCUUCAUCACCUACCACAAAAAGGGCUACCACUACUUCCUGGCCGACCUGUGCUAUUUUGUCAACAUCCUGUUGGUGCUGAGUGUCUGGGUCUUUCCCCAAUCCAAGCGUCUGUUCAUUGCCACCUACUGCCUCGCCAUGGGGAACAACGCCGUCGCCAUCAUCAUGUGGCGGAACUCGCUCGUCUUCCACUCCAUGGACAAAGUAGUCAGCCUCUUUAUCCACAUCAUGCCAUGUGUAACACUACACUGUCUCACCCACCUGCUCCCAUCAGCAUAUCAAAAACAAAGGUAUCCUGCCAUUUACGAUAUUCGUCACUCUGACCCAUCCUCGCCUCACCAUUAUGGCCUUGGCCAGAUGAUGCUAUGGGCUACACUACCCUACGCUCUCUGGCAGUUGGCCUACCACUUCAUGAUCACCGUCCGUCGUCGUGAUAAGAUCGCGGCUGGACGACCUACCAGCUUUACCUGGCUGCGCAAAUCCUACGCAAAGACCUGGAUUGGCAAGAUUGUCCUUUCCCUACCAGAGUUCCUUCAGGAGCCUGCCUUUAUGUUCAUCCAGUACUCGUAUGCAGUCCUCACUAUGCUCCCCUGCCCGGUCUGGUUCUGGUACCGCUGGCCUUCGGGCAUCUUCCUCAGCAUAGUCUUCAUCUGGAGCGUUUACAAUGGCGCAACAUACUACAUUGAUGUCUUUGGCAACAGAUUCCAAAAGGAGCUCGAGGCACUCAAGAAGGAUAUAGCGAAGUGGCAGGCCUCGCCAGAGGGAGGUUUCACGCCUUUUACCCCCAAUGAGGCUGGUGUGGAGAAGCAGCUGGGCUAUAUUCCUCCUCUUGAGGGUAGCUCGAGUGUAAAGCCUGCCGACGGUGAAAUCAGAGAGCGCAAAUGA